UACGAAACUUGCGUUACGAAGCUUGUAUGAAUUUUCUUCCUCACUGUUUGUCAAGCUAUCUGUAGCACUCUAGCUGCAAGUUUAAUAUGUUUUUAGUGGUUUUUUAAUUAUAAGCAGGUGCUUUUGUGCAAGUGUGCUUGUUAUUGGACUCUGGUUUGAAGGAAAAUAGGUGUCACUGGUUAGAAUAGACGUUUCACUUUUAUUCGCAAUUUGUUCCGAGUUCGUACUUUACCUCACUUUCUCGCUCGUAAAAAUUAUUCACCACAAACUAACAUAUAAAUACAUAUGAUAGUUUGAUUUAAUGUUUUACUUGUAAACAACCAUGAAUGAAGAAUUUUAUAUUUGGAUUUACAUCAUCUGAUAUUCAUAUUAUGCAUUUGGCACAUACGAAUCAAUUACAUUUCUAGUUCAUUUUUUUGAUUUUCACUGAUUAUUAUUAUGGUCACUUCUAUAUCAGUAGAAGAAUUUCAACGUUUUCAAACACAAUUAUUAGAUUUACGUGAAUCACAAAUUCUAGCUAAUGAUGCUAGAUUACGUGCAGAGAAACGUAUUAAACAAUUAGAAGAGGAAUUAAAUAGUACACAGCUAGCAUUAACUCAUGCUCAGACAGAUUCAUUGAAUCAUCAAAACUCACUGUUACUGUUGGAAGAAUUAAAACAAGAGAAUCAAUUGUUACGUGAUAAAUUAUUGAAUACUGAAGCAUCAUUCCAGCUGCAAUCGUCUACAUUACGUGCAGAAUGUUAUCGACUAACUAAAGAGUUAGAUAAUGUAUCACAACACUUAUCAGAGAUUGAUCAAAAUGCUAAUAACAGUCAUUAUGAUCAACGUGAUCAUGCGAAAGUUAUUCAAUGUUCAAAAUAUUGUCAAACAACUCCUAUUGAUUUACAGCAUAAAUCUAUACAAAUUGAUUAUCCUAUUGAUGAUGAUACAGAUGUAGAUAUUGAUCAAUUGCCUACAUUCCUGCUGGAUAAUAUAGAAAAUCUUGCAAAUUCAUUAAAACAAGCCGACAGUACACAUGUACGGUUAGAACAGAUUAUUGAACAAUUGAAUAAUAAAGUUGAUAUGCUUGAACGCAAAUUAUCUUGUAAUUUAUCAAAUUAUCAACAGUUGGUACAAAAAUUAACUAAAGAAAAUGAAUAUCUCUCAAUGGAAUUGAAUAAAUCACAAGAGAAAUGUCAUCAAUUUGGUGAUGUGGAGAGUGCGUUACGCAAUCAAAUUGAUGUGAUUAAACGUCGUAGUGAAAAAUUAAAUCAUGAAUUAAGACGUGAAUUAAAUCGAUUUAUUGUACGUGGUGGCGCAAGUGGCGGUGGUGGACUAAAUGGUGCUGAUAUUGACUAUGUGUCUUCUCAUUUAUUACGAAAAAAUUCACAACAUUCUUCAUCAUCUUCAUUGUAUAGUAGUAGUGGUGGUACUGCUGCUUCGAUUACGGCUGCUACUGCUACUACUACGAAUGGUAAUAAUUCCACUUCAGGCUGUUCAACAUUGACCAGCGAUCAACAACAAGAAGUAUACAAUGACAAUGAUAAUUCAGAUGUGCCAAUUAUGCAUAAUAAGAAAUUAUUCAAUGGUUCUACGCUGAAAAAUGAUAGCUUUCAUGAAAUGCCACCAGGAUUUUUUUCAACAGCUGAUUUCAAAGCUAUCAUUGAUCGAAUGUCUGAGGUACAAGAGGAGAAUUGUAUUCUUCGACGAUGUAAAAAACGUUUAGAAGCAGAUUUACUGGCUAAAAGUAAAGUUAUCCAAAAACGAUUAGAUAAUUAUCUUCAAUCGCCGGAAAAACAAUCCACCACUUAUCAUGGUAACAAUGUUGAUAGUACCAUUACUACUACUACUACUACGACUACUACCUCAGUACCGACACCAACGGUAACCUUCAAUCCAUAUCGAUCACAUACACCACAUACACCAACCACCACUAAUCAUCCUACUUCAGCAUCCUCAUCCAGCUUUCCUAACACAACAGCAUGGUUUCCAUUCUUACGAAAUCUCACUGCUCAGUCGGAUUCUUCGACACCGCCCACAUCAACAUCACUAUCCAGUAUCAAUGUACAAACAGUGAAUCGGUUGAAAUUCAUGUGUGAACAAUUAAUGACAGAGAAUAUUGAAUUGAAAGAGAAAUUACAACAGCAUCAACAACAACAACAAUCUUGUACCUGACUAACGGAGUGAUGAUGAUCGAUCAAUUAUCGAUUAGUAGUGGUACAUGUUUGUGUGUGUAUAUAUAUAUAUAUAUAACAUGCUUCCUUGCUUGCUUGCUUGCCUGUCUUGUGUGUGUUGUGUGUGUCAAGUCCUCCAGCAUGAAUGACUGUGUACUUACUAGUCGUCUGUGUAUAGAUAGAUAGACAGAUAGAUAGGAAAGGUGGUUUUUUUGUCCGACUGUGUUAUAUAUAGAAGAGUUUGUAUUCAAUAAUUUUUUUUACUAAAGAAACUUUCUUUUAAUUUAAAUUUAAAUUUCAUUCAUUCCAAGACUUUUUUUUCCCCUCAUUUUAAAAUGAUUUUUAUGCUGUCUUGAUGUGGAAUUCGCCUUUUUUUCUGGGGCGUGUUCAGAUCUCCGUUUAUUCACUAUUUAUCAGUGAUAUUCCUAUCAUCGUCUAUUUGAAAAGAACACAGAUUUUUUAUUGACUUAUUAUAUCUGCUUUAUUUCAAAAGGAUAUUUUUCUUUUCUCACUGUAAACUGAUGUUGUCGGUUGAUUUUUAUGCUUUCAAGACUAGCAGCAGUACCCUGCCCCACUGCCGCCAAGUAUGCGGAUUUUUUUAGUUGUACAGAAAAAAAAAUAAGAGUACAAGAAUUCUCGGGAUAUGCACUACCUCCUGCUCUUUUUCACUUGGUUUGUUUCUAUCGGAGAUGAUGAUUAUUACUUUGUGUGUGUUUGUCUCGGUGGUCUACACACGCACACACACACAUGCACGCACGCACAUUAUGCACAAGUUUACUACAUACGCACAAACACGAGUACACUUUUACACAUACAUACACACCUACGCACAUGCACGCACAUAUAUAUAUAUACAUAUUUGUGUAAAACACCGGUAUCUAGUUACAUCAUGUAUGAGGAGUGUGUACAAAGAGUAGUGGUUAGAGAUCAAUCAGUCAGUCAUUUUGUCCUUGCACUCACAACAGACCCUGUCUCUCUCUCUCAAAAAACAAGCAUUGUGAUCAUACUUUUAUUACUAUUAUUAUUAUUAUUAUGAU